AUCGAACUCGAAACGGUCACAAUCUCGAGAUUUCAUCAAGUUUAACAAUCAACUUCAGUUAUAGCCACUACACAACCUGAAAUAGAUUGUCACAUACUUACUACUUGUCUGGGCGUUUAUUUACCAUAGUUUAUCGUGGUGGAUUUUGGGUAAGGGACAAAUUGGAAAAUUUCAGCUGUGAUUUGGUGGAGUUCUCCAGUAUGCAGAAUCCAGAGACUGCCCCCAACUUAUAUUUGCUGAUUAGAACAGCAUAAAAGGUUUGGGAAAUCCUUUGAAGGUUGGACUUAUUCAAUUGAGUUGGUCAAUUAACUAAUAAUGUCUGCUAACGAUUUUUACAAUUCUGGAGAUAACCGUUCCUAUCAACCAAAACAAUCUUCUCAUAAUGAAAGUUCUGGAGAAGGUGGUGAAAGAGGUAUGAUGAGUACUGUUGCUGGUGCUGGUGCCGGUUAUGUUGCUUCUAAUGCUUUUGGUGGUGGUACCAAGGGUAAAAUUGCCAGUUCUGUAAUUGGUGGUGUUCUUGGUCAUAAAGCUGGUGAAAAGGAUAGCUCAAGUAGCAGUUCUGAUGAAGAAUCCGGUGGCGGAUGGUUUGGUCAUGGUGACAAGAAGAAGAAGAAGGACAAGAAGAAGCACGAAUCCCAUGGUUUGUUUGGAUCUUCUCAUGACGAUAAGAAACAAGAACACCAAUCUGGUGGUGGGUUCUUUGGCCACAGUGAUAACAAACACGGUGGAAAUGAUAGCUACGGCGGUGGCAGAAAUGACUACGGCGGUGGAAGAAAUGACUACGGUGGUGGAAGAAACGACUACGGCGGAGGAAGAAAUGAUAACUACGGCGGAGGAAGAAAUGAUAACUACGGCGGAGGAAGAAACGACAACUACGGAGGUGGAAGAAAUGAUAACUAUGGUGGUUCAAGUGGAGGUAGAUGGUAAGCCUGCAAUCAAAAAGCCUAAUGUCUUGAUGAAUUUUAACCUUUCAUUUCUAUAUUACUAAGUAUUUGAAUAAACUUUUCAUUUUUUCGAGUUUGCUGGAAUAACCUAACUGUAGUUUAUCAGCGAGAUUGCAAAAAGUUUAGUGAGGAAAUCUAAAAUUGCAACCAUCCACAGGGUUUACUUGUAGUGUACAAUAAUGAACUUUAAAA